AUGGGUGAGUCACUCCACGCAGAAGCUCCGCAGAACUCAAAAGCUCCCAGAGAUGAAUGCAAUGUAAAUGCGCUACCCUUCUCGGUUAUAACGACGCUGUUCCGUGACUUGCGUAAGGCAAAAGUACCUGCGAAAAGGCGAACGGGAGGCCUGCAUGUAAAGAGUGAUCGCUUUGGCAAAAAAGCAAUUCUCACGAACGCUUGGCUGAAGAUUGGUGAGAAAUGUGGCGUUGGUGAAGACGUGCUCGCGAGGCGAAACGCAAAUGAUCACUUCAUUCCAGCACAGCUACUUCCGCCGGCAGAAAGCUUCAAAAUUCUUAGCUUGCUUGUCCCAGGGUUGGACUCUGAGCAUGCGUAUCUCGGAAUGAAAGAGACGAAACUAGCUGAUGCGUUUGUCAAAGCCCUUGAUCUUCUACCAAAUGGUGAUGAUGCCCAAUGGCUCAAACACCACAAGGAGAAAGAAUAUCGUCCACAGCGAUGGAAGCAGGACGCUGAUAUAGUCGACGGUAAUUUUGCCACAGUCCUGCGAGCUGUCUUAGAUGAGAGAUGCCCCAAGGAAAGUUUGCUUACGGUUGGGAUAGUUUGGAGAGCCCUUGAUACGAUGAGCAAGGCAUCUCGAGUGCGCUCGAGGAGAAUACAACGUGCAUUCCCUCGACAAAACGAAAUGAUGAAUGAAACAACCAUGACUGACCGUACUACAGAUGAUGACGAAUCCAUGUCGAAACCGGAAGAUGGGAAAGUGGUGGCCUUGAGAACCCUCGUGCAGUGUGGAACAUCAGAUGAGGUAGCUGAAGUUGCUCGUAUCAUAUUGAAAGAUGUUGACAUUCGGCUUUCUGAAGACAUGUUCUUGUCUUGGUUUCAUCCCGGGGCCAAACAGCACUACACGCAAAUUCAUGACAUACACCAACUUUUGAAAGAUUGCUCGGAUCCUCAUUUUGAGAUUGGAGAUGCCUCUGUGCAGGUUGGCCAGUACGCGAGCGUGAUGCUCUGCAUGCGUCCUUCACGAAAAAAGCUUAAUGUUAUUUGUGAAAAUCUUCGAGGAGCGGGAGAACCGGCUGAACCAGAGACGCAAAAAGAAUUGGAAACCCGAACAACAAGCGAUUUGUCGCAGGAAGCCCGGCAAUACUUUAUCAUGGAACCAAAGCUAGAUGGAGAAAGGCUGCAACUGCAUAAGAGGAGUACGCAUUCAGACGAUGGGACUGGCGUGCAAGAGGUCCGCACAUUUUCCAGAAGAGGAAAUGAAAGCAGUGCGAUGUAUGCUGGUGCGAUGCGAGAAGUCAUCCUUGCCGGCGUACAGGCUGAAAAUAUCAUUCUCGACGGAGAAAUCAUGAUAUGGGACAACCUCAGAUCUUCGUGGUUGAGAUUUGAAGAUACCCGAGAAGUCGCCACGUCAAUUGCGAAACGCAACGUACCGGAAGGAUCAUCAUAUACGUUGAAGUACAUGGUUUUCGAUGUGCUCUAUGUCGAUCAAGGGCAAAGGAAACACAGUGAAGCACGACGCAGUGGGAACAUGGUCAUUCGCUUGCCUUUGCAUAAGCGACGAAUACUGCUGGAAAAACUGGUCACUAAGAGAGAGGCUUCAUACGGCAUCGGGGCGACAGCGUGCAUAGAGGUCGUUGACAUGGAGCUAGGUUAUAACGAGCGGGACCUGACACAGGCUCUUCAGCGAUACGAGACAUUGGGGUAUGAGGGUGUUAUUGCGAAGAACCCAGAUAUGCCGUAUGCUCUUGCGGAAAGGAGUCUAGACCUUGCAAUCAAGCUUAAACCUGAUUACUUCGACGGCGGCAUCCAGGACCUCGAUGUGCUAAUACUUGGUGCAAAGUACAGUAGCAGCCGAGGACAUCGCAAACAGAGGGCAGGACGAUUAAGUUCGUUUUUGAUCGGUGUAAGAGCAAACGAUGGGACACCACCAUGGAAAGGACGCGGUGGCGAGUGGGAGCAGCGAAUGCAGAAGUGCAAAUGGGUACCAGUGGGAAGCGUUGGGACUGGCUACUCGGAUUCUGAGCUUGAGCAGAUGCAAAAUAUGUUGAGUGGAGAAUGGAAAACUUUCAAUGCAAAAGACUUGCCUGAACACUUCGAGGGCAGGGAUUAUGCACCGUCGUUGUUGUCUGAUGUCGUAAAAUGGAUUGAGCCGUGGAAGUCUAUCGUGCUGACGGUGCGGGCGUUUGAGGUCAACCGGAGAUACUUUGCUUUACGAUUUCCGCGGGUCGAACGCAUCAACUGGGAUAAACCAUAUUUUGACGUCCCAAGCUUCUCUCAUCUUCUUGACCUAGAUGAAAACAAGCUUCCCGCAACAAUUCGCCCAGACGAGUCGGAUAUCGAUGACAUUUCGGAAUACACAGGCGGUAAGAAGCCCAGAAGACUGUUUGACGCCGAGGAGGAGGAAGCUGUAAAACGCGUUAAACUUGAAGGGCAUGUCAUCACAGGAGGCCGAAAUCCGCGGUCCGUCAUUGCAUCCGCAGUCGGAGCGGACGUGACGCAGGUUGAUCGAGUCUCUACAGCGUUCGAGGGGCUUACAUUUUUUGUUAUCGCCUCAAACCCGAAACUAAAGGAAGAAGUAGAGCUACAAAUUCACCGGCUUGGAGGCAAAUUUGUACAGAACUUCGGAAGCUCAGUGGAUUUUGUCAUAUGCACGAGUAUUCACGUAUCCAGAGUGAAAAUACUCAAAGAACGGUUCUCCAACAUACGGGAAAAGGAAGACACUUGUUCUAUUGUUCAUAGCAACUGGGUUGAAGAAUGUCUAUCUACAAAGACCCGUACGCUACCUAGUUUGAACGAUGUCGUAUAUGCGAACAGGACGCUUGAGUCGGAACUGUUCGAGAAAGCGGACCGGUUCGGUGAUUCAUGGAAAGAAGAAACCUCUAUUACGGAACUGGUACAUUCUCUCGAUGAAGUAUCUAAAUGGACAGCGAAGCAGCCUGAAGUUGGGAAUGGUGAUGAUGUUCUCGAAGGCGUGAGGGAGAGAGUGAAACGAGCAAUGAAAAGGUGUGGUAAUGUGUUCCAUGGGUUAACAGUAUUAGUUCCUGACACGGAAGUAGAAGUACAUGGUUCCGUGGCGCUGCUGUCGGCUUUUGGCGGGCGAGUCGUGAGCGAGAAGGAAGUCGAUGGCGACUGCACACACGUGCUGGUUCACUCUUCGCUGGUACCCACCUGGCAGAAGUUACACGGCUCGACGAAAGGUGCAGUAAUAACUGAAGAGUGGGUUCGAGAAAAGGUUAAGGGCACUAGCCAACUAGCUGAUCCGGGAUGA